AUGCUCAACCGAAGGCAAACCUCAUUUCCAAAGGCUCCAGUCUCAUUACCAACCACUUCAAGGUAUCGAGUACACAGUGCUCCGCCGACUUCUGACGGAAGAACUCCAUUAAGUGGUGGGCGUCUUCCUCCAAUUGUUAAGAAUCGAAGUGUGGAACGAGGAAGUUUAUACAUGGAUAAACCAUCGACACCUGAUCCCGAACAAGUACGUCGCGUGCUCGAGCAACGCAUCGCUCAAGCGUUAUCAGGGCCCUCAUCUCGUCUGAAACAGCAACAAAUGAGUAGUGAUGAGAAGCAGCUCUCGAUGGGAAGGCGGAGAUCAUUGAUACGAUCUGCGGCGAUAGGCUCGGAAGAAAUGCAUUUGGUACCAGUGGACGAUGAGGAAAUGGCAAUGUUGAGGAGUAUCAAUAGAUCACAGUAUUCAAAAGGGAGUAUUGGAGAAGGGAGCACUUCGGAGAGUUUCACAUCAGAUGCAUUGUAUAAACAUGAGUAUGAGGAUAAGUCAUCGGAUGAUGAUAGAGAUUUGGCACCUGGGGAGCAGUUGAGGACGAAGAGGAAAUUAAGUAUGGUCAGACAGGAAGAACAGGAAGAACUAAAUGCAUCGAUGGACGGAAUGAACCUUGGAGGAAUCCAAAGUAGACGAGAGUCCGGAAUUCGAAACUUAGAAGACCGUCUCACUGGAAUGCGUCAUGAGAAAAUGCGAUCCUCGACAAAAUCCGGCGAAAUGGGAGAUGAUCAAAUCUCUGGAUUGGUGUACGACAAGGAAUUCGAUUGUUACUAUAAUCCGAAUACCGAUCGAUACUACCGACUGAAAUCACAAUCGAAAUCUGGGGAAGGACUCAUUUUGGAGCCCAGAGAAGUGUGA